UCACGAUUCACAUUUCACGAAAUUCACGAAUCUCGAGAAGAUUUAAGAUUCAGGAGUCAGGCCUUGAGUUUUAUUUCACAAUUGUGAAAAAUCUAUACAUUUAAUCCGUAUCCCAGAAUUAGCAAUUGAUUUUUCAUUAGGCGUAUUUUUAUCAUUGAUUUAAUAAAUAGGGAUUUACGUUUAAGAUAAGCUGUAAAAUUUGCUGUUUCUUUUCGAAAAUGGAAAAUAAAUUGGUUGCGGAUGACUUAUCCAGCAGUCUUCGUGAAAGAGUCUUUUUUGCAGCUCGUGAUGGAAUGGCUCUCACACUUUAUGCUCUAAUAUAUGAAAAAAGCACAGAAGAAAUUGACACACUUCUCAAUCGAGAUGUAUGCUGUGACGGAGUAAAGUGCACACCCCUUAUUGCAGCAGCACGACACGGUCGGGACGCCGCUGUCAGGAUACUGCUGGAGAAGUUCAGCCCACCUGUCACCCUGGAGCGAGAGGGCACUGUAAAGUUUGAUGAAUACGUAAUUGUAGGAGCUACAGCACUCUGGUGCGCGGCGGGCGCUGGUCACCUGGGCAUUGUGAAGAGACUGGUGCGGGCAGGAGCUGACGUGAACCAUGCCACUGAGACCCUCAGCACCCCGCUCAGAGCCGCCUGCUUCGACGGCCGCCUGGACAUCGUCAAGUACCUCGUGCGGCACGGCGCCGACAUCCACAUUGCCAACAAGUACAACAACACCUGCCUGAUGAUCGCCGCUUACAAGGGCCACCUGGAAGUCGUACAGUUUCUACUGGACAGCGGCGCUCGGGUGGAUGAACGCGCCUUGUGCGGCGCGACUGCGUUGCAUUUCGCAGCCGAGUGCGGACACGCAAGUACCGUGAGCGCGCUCAUCGAUCACAACGCGAAGAUACUCACCAACCAGAAUGGUAUGACCCCGCUGCAAUGCGCCGCCGAACGCGCACGUGCUUCCGUCGUGGAGUUAUUGGCGAGUCGCGGUGACGUCACGCGCGCUCAGGCUAUCGAGGCCUACGAGUUACUCGGUGCUUCUUUCGCGAACGACAAGGAAUACUACUGCUUAAGGUUGGCAUACCAGUAUCUGCACCGCGCUAUGGCGAUGCGAUAUGACUCGCGUUACGACGUGAUGCUGAAGGAACCUGCCGACCCAAUACCGGCCUACGACAACUGGAGAGAGAGCACCACCUUAGAGGAAGUAGAGCGGCUCCACGGCAACCCGCACGCGCUGCACAUGGAGGGUCUGACCGUGAGAGAGCGCGUGCUGGGACGUAGCUGUCCCGACCUGCCGCACCCCGUCGUGUUCCGCGGCGCCGUGUUCGCGGACGAGGCACGCUUCGACCGAUGUCUCGCGCUCUGGAGGCACGCGCUAGAGCUGCGACAUCUCAACUCGGUGUCAGUUGUAAAGGAUCUGCUGAGGUUUGCGCAGGUCUUCUCGCAGAUGAUACACAUUGGUAUUGAACUUCCACUGUCGCAGGUGUGUUUCGUGUUGGAGGCCUGUGCAGAAGAGAUCCGACGAGGACACAAGCGGCUGGAGAAACCGCAGGCUAAUCAGGACCUUGAGGCGCUAUUGGAUGAGUACGAGAGUAACGUGAGGACCGCGUUGUACCUGGUCGCUGUUGCUGCUAGGCUACUAGAGAAUAAUAACAAUAGCGAGGUAAUAUCGCUAGACAUCCGCAGAGCUGUGUUCAGUCUUCGCAAGGCGAGGUCUCGGUCAGGCGGAACACUUCUCCAUCUAGCUGUGGACAGGAGGACGCCCGUUGACGAUUUUCACACAAGCUCGGUUUGCCAGUUUCCGUGUACCCGGACGACGCGGCUGCUACUCGAUUGCGGCGCCGACGUGGACACAGCUGAUGAGGCCCAGCAGACUCCGCUGCAUAUCGCGCUGCUCUCCUACCAGUUCAUGGCCGAAGGCGUAGAAGGCGAGGCGGCGGGCCAGUGGAGCGAGGCGCUGUGCGGCUGUGUGUGUGAGUUACUGACGCGGGGAGCACACGUGGACGCGGUGGACUACGGCGGAAUGACGCCCCUACUGGCAUCCAUUGGCGGUCCGGCGGAGAGCCUGGUUCGGUCGGCGCUAAAUCCUCGGCUUUCGUGUCUGGCCGCCACAGCCCUGGCGCUCCACAGGACAAAGUUUGACCCACAGCAAGUCCCUCGUUCUCUUCACGACUUCCUGGUCAUGCACGGGGUAUACCCAAUGUGAGACUUCCUUGGUAUCCCGGCGAUCUGCUAUCGAGUGAGUCCUACGGUGGUUACAAGACGGAUAAGCUAGAGGUUUCAUCGAAAGCCCCUAUAAAAAUCAUUGAUUUCAAUGGUUGGUUCAAAAUGUUUAGUUAUUCUGGAAGUCUAGGAGGCCUAUUAGUGCUGAUGAGUGUGCGAUUCAUUUGAUGGUGGCUAAUUGUUAUAGUUAUUAAGGUUUAAUGUUUUAAAUAGUUUACCACCAGGUAUACUACUCAUAUGCCUUCAUAAGCGCUUUAUUAAAUAACUAUCAAGAAUAUAGAAAAUAAAACGGAGCCAGUCUUAUGUAACGUCAAGUUCUGAGACUUAAAUGCAAACAAAAUAGUUAUUUUGUCUUCGAUUCUAGGUAUAUAAUACAAUAUGUCUACAUUUAGGUAGAUAUUGCAUAUAUUUUAGAUUAAAUAUUUUAGUCCGGUGUCGAAGCAGAGAAUUUUGCACAUUAAUUGCCAAUUACGUCUAAUCUUACGUGACGAUAGUAGAGAUAGUAGAGUAAGAUAGUAGAGUGACGUAGCGGUACGCGACAAAGUCAUAAUCUAAUAAUAUAAAUUUAUGAAUAUCACAUAUGUAGUUUAUAUUGUUUCAAUUUAUCAAAUAUUUUUAUUAAAAUUAAUAAUAAAUAAAAUGUUUAUCUUCAUGCGCUUGCAUUAAAUGUUUCUUAUUUAUAAUUGACAAAUAGUGUUAUUAAGCAAGUCAACGACCGAAAAUCGCGCGAUUGUGCUGUUAUCAGGAGGUUUUUAUAAAAAUCGAAAGCCGAAGUUUCGUCCGAAACGAAAGAACGACGAACUUCAAAAUAAAUCCUUUUGCCAAAGUACUACUGAUCCGAAUGGUACGGAUGGAUUUCUUUUCGGAACCAUAGACAUAACGCUAAAAAGUGAAGUUGUAGUUACGACCUUAUUAAUCUCAAACAACGAAAAAGUAAAUGCCAAGUGAAUUUCGGAAUAAGAUAAAACGCGUACACCUUUCUUAAAGGCCCACAACUCUCCUGUGAUUCCUCUGGUGUUGCAAGAGAAUGUGGGCGGCGGUGAUCACUUAACACCAGUUGACCCGUACGCUCGUUUGUCCCUCCUUUUCCAUAAAAAAACGAAAGACAAAAUGUCUAAUCGCGAACUUCGUAUCGAUCUUCUGAUCCGAAACACUAUCGUAAUAGGAAAAUGCAUGAUCCGUCAAACGAAACUUCGUAUUUCGAUUUUGGUAAUAGCGCUCCAGUAUAUUGUUUAGACAUCCGUCCGCUGACGUCAUUAAAACAUGGCGGCGCAAUAGAAAUUUCCGGAGUUGUAGGUUAUUGGACGAAAGUUUACCCACGUGCAGGCUGAAAUCUGUGCGAUUGAAUUUACAAACGACAUGUGUGUACAAUAAUUAUGACGUGGUCUAUAGUUUGAUCAUUAAAAAUGAUUCUUGAAAAUAUGACCUAUAUAAAUAUAUUAAAAAUAUCUUAUAUUACAUCUAGUAAAGAUAGUUAAACAAGCACUAUUGGUAUAUUUCUUAAUUGUUAUAAUACACUAUACUUAUUAUUAUAUUAUAUUAUAUUAACAUGGUUGUUUUUACAAGUUUCAAUAAUGACUUGGAAUUUUAAUUUUUUUUUAAUUUACCGCCACUUAGAGGAAGUUUAAAAAUGUUAUUUAUAUUGGGAUGGAUAGAUGUCUAUGUCAACGAAUCUCAUGUUUCAGAUAGGUUAGAUGUUAGCCGUGAUUUAAUUCGUUAAUGUUGAUUAAUGAUGCUGGUAUUAUCGCACAAAUCGUUUAAAGUUUUGCAUUACCUUUAAACAGACUUUCUUGAACAGUAAUGGUCACUAUUAUGUGUCACCAAAUUUUGUGUUUGAAAUAAUAAUUGUAUUUUAUGCAUGUUUGUAUUAACUGACUAUAAUUUUGUAGUCUCUUAAGCAGUUUGUAUACUUUUUAUGUAAAUUAAUUGAUCUCUGCUUAGCGGGCGUACCAUAAAAAAGAAAAAUAAAUCGAAAACUCAAUCUCAUAAGUUUACUACCUUAUAAGGGGUUUCAAAGUAAACAUAAUGCUGUGUUGUGUGCCAUUGUGGCGAAGCCACUUCUGAAAAUAUUUUUGCGUUAAAAAGAUUUCGAUGUCCGGGUUUCGUGGUAUUUUUUUAUGAUCUUCCUGAUUUUAUGUAUUAAGUGCCAAGUAAAUCAAAGAAAAUAUAUAUAUAUAUAUAUA